AAAUGUAAACUUCAUUGAUCAUACUACGUUGAACCCUUAAAUCGUCCUCUUUGGACUCGUCUAAAACCUGUUUGCAAGCCUUUGAGGCUGCGAGUUUUACUAUAUUGUUGGUUUUCUUUCAUGUGUUCGUGUAUGAUGAGUUUCUUUCGAGAGAUCUAGUAGUUCAAUGACUUGAGUAUUCGAAAAAGAUAUUUUGCGAUACAGUACGUGUGUGUUGGAAUAUGGAAGAAUGUUUUCAACUCAAUGUUUUCGUCGUAGACCUACUGUAGCGUACUGUUACGCAGUGAAUAGUGCUAGAAAUAUUUAGGAAAACGUGCUUUUAAGAGAUACGAGCAAGUCUAUUCAGUGUGAUUUGUUUCCUGUGGCAUUGUAACUUCAGUGACUAUUAUAGCAUUUUAUCUUCAAACUGUGUGUACUGAAAUACGUGUUGAAGUUGGUGCAUGGUUCGGUAUUUGAUACUGUGUUCUCUCGCUACGUCAGUAAAUUAUAUCAAACCACUAUACGUAGUGGACAGUGUAAUAAUAUGUGCAUAUUGGCAGUAUUAAGUAAAUACUUCGUUGAUAAUACUUAAAAAUAUGGCGGUGAAUGUUGCUAUUGCAGUUAAUUUGCUUGAACAAAAAGUAAACAUUUGAAGAAGUUAACAUUCCGAACAGUAUUUGGUUAAUGCAAGUGUCCCCGCCCCUUCGUAUUUUUACUUGGUGAAUAUAGGCAUUGUUUAUCAAGUGUAUUUAUCAGCACCUAUACAGUAAAUCUGUAUUUAUUUCACUACGUCCUGUUAUUAACAUACAUGUAUGACAGGUGCGUAUUAAAUACGUUUAACUACCUAUUUUUUAUAUAUAUUUUUAGUUAACGCAUAGUCAUAACUGUUUGUGUAAAAUUAAAUACCCGUAUUAUUUCUAAGUUGGAUUAGUGCACUAAAUUUUGUGCAUUCUUAGGUAGGUUGUGCUUGAUGUAUCGUUUAUUGAAACUAACGUAACUGUCAAAUGUGAGUGCCACGUCGCCAAUGAUUCAUUAUUAGGAUCAAUAAAAAAAACGAAAUUUUGUGUAGUUUUUAAGGAAGUUGUUGCUCGUACACGUUUGUUGAAAGGUGUUUCACGAGAAAGCUUUAUUUUUCGUUCCAACGGUACUGUUUGUGAUGACUUUUGUGUCGUGUCGACGUAGUUUCUAUUGGCCCACUAUGGAAAUAAUUGAGUGUGUUGUGCCCGGUGAAAAUCAUGAAAUACCACCUCGUAGUCGAAGAGAUACUUCUGUACCCAGGUGCCACCAUGUGACAACCAGUUUCCUGUUGGAGAUUUCAUGGCCGCAGCAGAGGCCAAGGACCUGAGUGAUGUUUAUACUACAGGUCAUAUAUUUUGCUGUAGGUUACAUCUGCUUUUUUCAUUGAGACUACAGUUCUAUUGUUCAAGAGAAAGAGGAGAAAUGCGGGUCUCCAAACUUCACAAACAGUUCGCAAUGCAACCAACCCCAGAGAUUUAUCUCUGGGAGAGGUGUACCAUUCUAUGACGGAGGCCUGCUGGCAACACAUCAAAGUCAUCUGUGUAUUGUUCCAAGAGAAACAAUGCGUUAUGUUCAACAGUCACCAUAUGGGGGCACUGUACCAUAUAGAGAGAGUCCAUACACAGUUCGUAAUACGGCCACAGACAGACAUCAGGUUCAGCAGCAGCCUCCUUCACAAGCACCAGUUCAACCUACUUCAGCUGUUCCAUCUUUGCAGCAACCACUUCAGACACAGUCACAACAGCAUCAACAGCCCUCACAACAGCUUCACCAUCUUCAAUCAUCGCACUUGCCACCUUCCCAGCAUCAACCACCACUUUCGCAACAGCCUCCCCAACAGCAGCAGCCUCCAGCCCAACAAGCAGCUCAACAACCAGCUCAACACUCGCUUCCACAACAGUCUUCACCAUUGCAGUCGCAUCAAAAACAACUGCCGCCAUCUCAGACGAUAGUUCUGCCAUUGCACAUUCAGUCUUCUCAAGGGGAUUAUCUUCGUGAACCAACACCACUGCAGAUAAGGGGAAGAAUUUCAUUGCGACCUCAAAACACUGAGUACAUGCCAGGAUUGUCCAGGAACAGGCCACAGCAGAGUGAACAGUAUCGUGACAACAUGGGGCCUUCAAUUAUGUCCUCGUGCGGGGCAACCCUCCAGCUCGAUGGCUUACCUCCUUUCAAGAAAAUCCGACUUGGAGAAGUCAAACCUGAAAUUCAGCAACCUCUGCGAAUUGAUACAAGGGAGCAACCAGCCUACAAUCCAAAAGUCGAGAAUAUAUCUCCAACAUUACCUCCUGAUGCUACCCAGGAUGAUGCAGCAUUUCGUUCAACCAAAGAUGACCUUCUGCAGCAAAUUACAAAAGUUGAUAGAGAAAUUACAAAAACUGAAACUCAGAUCACUAAUCUUAAAAAGAAAAAGCAAGAGUUGGAGAAGACUGCACAAACACCAGAAGUCAAGAAAGAGGAAGAGGAAAUAGCACAGCCAAAACAUCAAAGUGAAGCACAAAAAAUAUAUGCAGAAAAUAGGAGGAAAUCCCAAGAUGCCCAUGCAUUAUUGGACAAACUGGGGCCCAAAGUUGAUCUUCCUCUUUACAAUCAGCCAUCUGACACAGCAAUUUAUCAUGAAAAUAAACGAAGGCAUUUGACAUUCAAACAUCGGCUGAUUGAACACUUGAAGAUAAAACAGAAGGAAAGAGAAUUCCGAGAGAAAUAUUUAACAACAACGUACUCUAAGAUGAUGCAAGAUUGGCUACACAAAGUAGAGAAAAUUGAAUCUUCUCAGAAACGUAAAGCUAAAGAAGCCAAAAACAGGGAAUUUUUUGAAAAAGUGUUUCCUGAAUUGAGAAAACAGAGAGAAGAUAGGGAGAGGUUCAAUCGUGUUGGAGCACGCAUAAAGAGUGAAGCUGAUCUUGAAGAAAUUAUGGAUGGUCUUCAAGAACAGGAGAAUGAAGAUAAGAAGAUGAGGUCGUAUGCUGUUAUUCCUCCCAUUUUACUUCCUCCGCACCAGAGGGAGGUGAGAUACAAAAGUUCAAAUGGUCUAAUUGAAGAUUUUGCAGCCGAAUACAAGGAAAGGCAGCUGCUAAAUGUGUGGACGGAUGCAGAGCGUGAUGUAUUCAAAGACAAAUAUCUGCAGCAUCCUAAGAACUUUGGUGUUAUAGCAUCAUAUUUGGAACGAAAAAAUGUGUGUGAAUGUGUUCAAUAUUAUUACCUGAGUAAAAAGACUGAAAACUACAAACAGUUACUCAGGAAGUCCCGUCAAAGAACACGAGCGAGUCGAAAUAAUCCGCAUGCAAAACCAAACGCCACGUCUCAGAAUGCCUUAACUGAAGUGUUGAGUGGGGCACCAGGUGUAACUACGAGGUUACAGAGAGAGCAGCUGGCAAAACAAGAACAGCCUAAUACAAGUGUUAUGAAUAGUGUUAAUUCCAAUACGUUAAUGCCAGUUGCUAGUGGUGAAUCAAUGUCGUUACUUGAUGACCGUGAUUUAGGUUCCCCAAUAGCGACUGUAGCCACCCUUGAACAGUUGUCACCAUCAGCAGUAUUGUCUGCAACUACAACUGUAGUGGCAUUAGUACCUACCACUACCACCUUAACUGUUGCGAUACCAACAGUUGCCUUGUCUACAAUUCCAUCCUCAGUUCCUUCAGUGACAGUUACACCGCCAAGUGUAGAAAUUCCAAACAAUUUUAUCAAAAAUGGCAACAAUAACAAUGUCAUACGAGUAAAGGAAGAAGAUGUGAGUGAUUUAGAAAUAUUUAAUAAGGAAAACAAAAUUUCCAGUGAUGACAAACUGGAAAUAAAGAAAAAAGAAAGAAGAAAAGAAGGUAAACGGAAAAAGGAAGAAAUGGAAACUAGUGAUGAGGAGUGCUUGGAUAUCCAAGAUAAAGGUGUUGUCCAUCAUUGUAUUGUAUGCAAUACCUUACUUGACCAGUUCUUACAUUCUCGACGGUUGCCACGUUCGGAUGCAGCACAGUAUGGUUUAUGUGAAGAGCAAGUGACGCCUGGUGCUAGAGUGUGCAACAUGUGUCGAUGCAAAUCACUGAGGAGUCGCUACACACAGUGUCCUUUGCCCACCUGUCCAAAUGCCAAAGGAAAAGUUAAAAGACUUCGCCCAUUGCCAUCAAAGUGGGCAGAGUUACCUGCCAAUAUUAAAGAUCCUAUUAUUGCAGAGUUUCAGAUUCCAGAACAACUGACAAGGUGCUGCUCAGCUUGCUUCAGUCGUAUCUCCAGACGUAUGUUACCUCAUGUUCAGAAUGAUUCCACACAUUGGGAUGAUUCUGAUCAAAGUUUACAUUCCCAGCAGCUGCAGAGGUGGAGUGAAGAAGAGAUUGAAGCAGCAAAAGUUGCCUUCAAGGAAUUUGGAACUAAUUGGAGUAAAGUUUCUGAACAUUUGGGGGGCACUAAAACUCACCACCAGUGCAAAAAUUUCUAUUUCAAUUAUCGCAAAAAACUAGGGCUGGAUAUGUUGGUGCAAGAAUUUAAUAAGAACCACUUGGGAGAAGAAAGAAAACCCACUUUAACAGAUGAAGAGGAGUCUGGUUCAAGCACUUCUUCGUGUGAUGAAAUGAAUGUUGUCCCGAUGAAUAGUGAUACAGAUAGUGCUGCUUCUCCAAGCAAUGCUCGAACAGAUACGCCACCUCUUCCUGUUGUAAAAUCAGAAGUUGAUAAGCAAGAAGCAGUUUCUCAACCAAUAAAAGUUGAGCCUGAAGAAUCUGCAGUUCGUAAUCAAAGUCAUUCCAUACAAGUAACAUCAGUGAAAGAGGAUUAUGAUAGCUCAGCUACGGAGACUGCGGAUGAAGGUCAGGGAGGUGCUGAAGGGGAAUCAAAUGUUAUACUUCAUCAGUCUCCAAAAUGUAACUACAACAUGCCACCGCUUUCUGCAGUAUCAAUCAAUGCGCCAUCUGAGAUUGAGAAUGGUCCAGUUGCUGAGGGUGCAUCGCCAACACCAAUACGCUCUGUUAAGGACCUAUUAUUGGAAGUGAUAGAAAAGCAGAUUAUGAAGAAUCCUGGGGGUCACGGUGGCAGUAACUCAUCAAAUGUUGAAAGUACUGUAGAGCCAACAAUAUCAUCAAUCCUUAAAUCCGAUCAUCUUGUAGAUUUACAUCGUUCUGGUGUCUCAUUUGGUCGUGAUUACCGAGCGGAUAUCAAGUCUCGACAAGGACAGCUUCCAUUAGACUCAUCAUUGGCAACGCUGUCUGUCAGUACACGUCACCCAGCUGUCUCUUCUGCUUCUUCACCGCAACAACAGCAGCAGCAUCCUCUCCCUUCAUCGGUCAGCUCUGUGCAAAAGUCCAAUUCCAUCCAAAUGGCUGCUACUAUUACACCGUGUCCAGUACAGUCUGUUGAUUUGCCUAAAGAGGGGAUAGUUGUACUUCAGAUUCAGCAAGUUCAAGCAGCUUUACGCGAGAGUGAAGGAAUCACACUGGAUCUCAGCAUCAAAAAAUCUCGUGAGUGUAGUGCGAGCCCAGCAUCUUCACAUGGCCAUGAUUCUUCUCCUGUGGUUCCUCGUGAAGAGUCGCCAUAUCAGCAGCCUCUCCAGCACCAUCUUCCACAAUGUGACUCUCCGUUACCACCUCAUCCGCACCACACUAUUCCCCCUCCAGCUCAUAGCAAAGGUGGUCCGUCUGUUCAUCCACCACCACCACCUCCACCACCCCCACCAGCUCCUCCGCCACCACCAUCCGCACAGCCACCGCCACAACAGCAGCAGCAGCAGCCGCCACCACAGCAGCAACAGCAGCAUCAGCAGCAUCAGCAGCAUCAGCAGCAUCAACAGCAAUCUUCUGUGGCAGCACAUAGAACAAGUUCAAUGGCCGCAGACCCCAGCUACUUCUCUCAUCCAGCACCACCACCACCGCCAUUGGCAUUGAAGUUAUCUCCUAAACUGUCAUCGGUGGCAAAACCUGGUUCCAUUACUCAUGGCACCCCAGUUUCCACGGCACCUCUUUUAAUUGGUGGCCCUUCUUUGCAUACUCUACAGCAUCAAAGAUAUGAUGGCUUGUUGCGUCAGUUGGUACCUUCGCAUCAAGCUCCACCCCAUGUUAAGGAAGGGAAUCCCCUCAGUGGCUCUAUAACGCAGGGAACUCCAAUGCACCAUGUACCACAUCAUGUGAGUGGUGAUAAACGAGAACGGGGUGGUAUUCCUCUCCAAGGAAAUGUGUACGAUUAUUACAAAAGGUUGUCACCAGCAGCACAAAAUGUUGGAAACACUGCUUCAAAUGUUCCAAGUAGUGGAUACCCAACUUUUCAGAGAGAUAACCAACUAACUCAAACAACAUCAGCGGCAAGUGUUUUUUCUUCGCCAUACUCUCAUGGAGUGACAAGAUCAACUGGAUAUGCGACGCAACAGCAACUCAGUUCACGGCAAAUCAUUAUGAAUGAUUAUAUAACUUCACAGCAAAUGGAUGUUUCUAGGAGAGGGUGUAUUGGUUCUAAUUUGCCUACGGAGAAAUCUGUCUCUCAUCAGGAAACAACGUCACGUGGAGUUUCAUCAUCGCCCCAUUACUAUGCUUCUACAACUGCUCCUUCUAUGUAUUGUAGACCUAACCCUCAAAAUUCUGUAGAACAGUCACCACCUCCACCGCAACCACCUUUGUCACAUCAUUCUUCCACUCCUCCUGCACGACAAGGUGUAAUACAACGCCAUAAUACAAUAUCGUGUCCACAACCACGUGCUCCUAGUAAUGCAAAUUCAAGUAACACCAAACCACCUUCACCAGCAAAUUCUCCUCAUAGGUUACACCAUUUACAACAACCAUCUCAUCAUUCCCAUCACCAUUACCCUCCUCCACCUGGACAUGAAGCCUUCUCUUCAUUGGUAGAAAUGGCAGUUCAACAGCCUAGUCUUCCAGUUCCCCAAAAGGAUACGGACAAACGUCAAAUACCUCAUCAUCAUCCUCAUCAUCACGAAGGCCUUGGGAAAACAAUGGUGGAUUCUUUGAGCAAUGCUCACGUAUUAGCAGAACACCAGCACCAGGACCGUGAGAGGUUUUCUCAUUCUGAGCAAGCAAGAUAUGUGUCUGCUCAGACUGCGGCAUCAAGAGAAAGGGAUCUCCACGUAGAACAGCAACAGAGGUUUCAGCAGGAACGUUUUGGUCAAGCUCUUCGCGAGCGAGAAAGGGAGCAAGAAAGGUUUGCUGUGUUGUCGUGCAGGGACCGUGAGAGAGAGAGAGAAAGAGAAAUUGAUAAAGUACGUGAUAGAGACAGAGAAAAUCAGCAACAGCAGCAGCGAGAACUUCAGAAGCAGAACCAACACCAGCAGCGAGAACUUCAGCAGCGAGAACUUCAGCAACGAGAACUUCAGCAGCGAGAACUUCAGCAGCAGCAACAUCAACAACAACAGCAGCAGCAUCAUCUUCAUUUACAACAAAUUCAUCAACACCAGUUACGACAGCAGCAGCAACAACAACAACAACAGCAGCAGCAGCAACAGCAGCAGCAGCAACAGCAACAGCAACAGCAACAGCAGCAGCAGCAAGCAAAGAUACCUGCUGAUUAUGAGCGACAGCGUCAUCAGCAGUUACCAUCUGUGUAUAGAGAUUCACAACGUGCUACAGCUGAGCUCUUAACAAAUUUUCCACGUGACUUGCCUAAUGCAUCAUCUGUUAGACACUUGUCUUCUGGGCAGCAACAGUCUCAAGAAGGCGAAAGUAGAGAGAGGGAGUCAAGCGGUCGUGGAAUGGGAGGUGGUGCUCGGAACUCUGGCAGCAGUGAUUCAUCGACACUGACCGCAGCAAGUUUGAUUGAUGCCAUCAUAACUCACCAGAUAAAUCAAAGUUCAACAGAUUCAACAGGGUCUGGUACUCCAGGCAGUGGGAGUAAUCCUUCUGCACCCACUAGACCUAGUGACAGGUUGUUUCAAAGUUUUCAUCGUGAUCCACCGCCUCCUGCAUCUACCCAACCACCUUCAAGUUUGUUUGUUACUGAAAUGAAUGAUAAAAACUUGAAGUCAUCAUCUCAUAGUCCAAGUGUUAUUCAUCUAGAUCAUGACCAACCAAUUCAAAAAGAAAACAGUGCACCUGGAAGUAAUCCUAAAGUUAUAACAUUGGGAGAAACCAUAGACUCUAUUAUUAAAAAGGACCUUAGUAACAGUAAUCUUGCCACUGGAAGCAAUUUUCAAGUACCUUCACAUCAUCGCAGUAUGGCGCAAAUCUAUCCUCACCACGGAUAUCCAUACCACCUCAUUGCUUCAGCACCACAAUCUUCUCAGCCCUCUGAAGUUGGUGUAGCAGUUGAGCAUCAGAACUGGAAGUUACGCAGAGCUCUACAACAAAAGGAUAUGGAAGCAAUGCGGGAGCGUGAGAGGGAGAAGGAGAGGGAUCGAGAACGGGAGCGGGAAAGGGAAAGAGAAAGAGAAAGGGAACGGGACCGGACAAAUUCGUCGGUAAAUGCUCUGCAGUCUGAUGAGAGGCACAUAAUACGAAUAGCUCAACCACAAUCUCCAAGAAGCAAAGGCAUUGGGGGAGUUCCUGCAGCAUACAAUAUGGAACCAGUAUCACCACCUGAAACUGGUUCGAGUGCUCAUCACUGGGUUGACACAGCUAGAGCUAGUACAACUGAGUCGGUUGGGUUUCUGCCCUCAAGAAGGUAUUUUCAUGAACCAGGAGGAAACAAACCUUCUCAUAUAUCCCCUCUUGAAUACGUCAACAACAAAAUUGUUGAAGUAAUGAGAACAUCUGAAGAUGAUAAAUCUGAUCAAGUCACUGUGCCACAGCAGCACAGGCAGCAGCAGCAGCAGCAGCAGCAGCAGCAGCAGCAGCAGCAGCAGCAGCACCUCCACCACCACCACCACCACCAGCAGCAGCAAAAGCUGCAGCAGCAGCAGCAGCCACCUCUGCCACCGUCAAACCAGCAACAGAAGCCUUUCAGCAAUGCUAAAACUGGUAACUGUGUAGAUGAAAGUGGUGUGUUUUCUGGUGACAUAAAAGAGUGCCGGUUAAAUGAUGGUGGUGGUAAUAAACUUCAAGACAGUGAUUGUAAUGGCAGUGUGAAAAGUUUGGACAAAGAUAAGCAGGAAGGGGUAAGGUGUGAGAGUCCGGGGGUAUCGGAAGAUGAUGGCGGUGGCAUGCAGGAACCGUGUGCUGAAAGGGGAAGUCAAAUGGAUACAGUGUUGAAAGUGGCUAGUGGAAUAGAAUGUGCUGUUAGCAGAGUGACAAGUAGUUUUUCAAAGACAUCCCCCUUGUUGGUAACCAAUCCAAUAUCUUCCACAUUUUCAAUUGCCCCAAUAACAUCAACAGUAUCCUCUGUUGCAGCAUCAUUUGGUACACCACCUUCAACGUACACAUACCCAUUUUCUGCACUGACAGUUCCAUCAGCUGGUCACUCUCCGACAAGUAUGCCAACAGCAUCUACAAAGAUCCCAGUUUCGUGUGUGAGUAGCAAUACAGUCAGUAUGCAAUUACCACAACAAAAUAAACUUUCAGGUUCGGGCCAGUCUCAGUUAUCUUUAGCUGUUUCUUCUAAUCAGCCAGUAGAUAUGCCCUCAAGGUCAGCUGAGCCAGCUCCUUUGCUCUCGGCUCAAUACGAACCUUUAUCUGAUGAAGACUGAACAUCCCAACUUCAGCUGUAUAAUUUAACAUGUGUUAAUUGUGUUUCUCUGAAGUGUUGAGAAAUGGCUAUGUAAUAAAAAUUAAGGUAAUAAUUUAAAUUAAUUUAUAACAUCAUCCAAAUGGAUUGUUAAGCCAAAAUAAAAAAAAAGGGCAGUAUUGUCCCUAUGCAUAAUAAAUUGUUGUGCUGAAUUUACAAUGAUUUCUUAAUGCAGUUGUAAAGCCUUUUAUUUCUUUUGUUAUAAUGAUUGUGAUAAAAUAUUGAUAGUUGUAAGGUGACCAUCAUAUUUUCAUAAAACAUCUCGCAUUGUACAGAUAUUAUACAUACAUAAAAAGUAAUUUUUUUAACAUCCUAGCUUUGCUUUUAUAUUAUCAAAAACAGAAUGUGAUCAAUUUUAACAUAAUUAACAUUUAGUUAUUUGUGACUGGCGUAUGAGUUUUAAUGUUGCUUUAUAUUUGUACCAUGUUAUAUUAACAGUACAUGUCUUUUGUUUUAUGCUAUGAGUUCUAAACUCCUGUUGUUAGAAUUUUUCUUUAAGUUUAUUACUUUUAAUUAGAAUUAGUUAGUAGUUUAUAUAAUGAAAAAAUUUUGUCAACCAGAGGUUUUAUUUGACCAGUGAAUACAUCCUGCUUGCAGAUGUGGAACAAUAUUUUUUUUUUCAAAGUGAAAUCUCAUUAUAAAUGUGUUUUUCAAAGUGUUUUUAUACAGUUGUAAUCUGUAAAAUAAUACUUUUAUUGAAAUGUCUAAAUAUGUACUUUUAAUUCUAAGAUGUCUACAUUAAUUUUUGUUUCAGUAUUACAUUAUAUUUUGUCCAGCUAUAAAUAUUUACAAUCUUUAUUUCUUUUGCUGAAAAGCUAUAUUUUUGUGUAAUAAUUUUAUUGUGUUUAAAGAAAAUUAAAUGGUCAAUAUUGGUUGUGAGGGAAAAUAGUAUGGUUUUAUUACUAGUCCUCGAAUAUAGGUUGAUAUUAUAAUACUUUAUAGUUUAUUCUGAACAAAAAUUUAAACAACUGUAGCAACCUUUUAUAUGUAAUACACUUGUUGAAUGGUUUCUUGGGCAGUAAAUUUUGUAUCAGUAAUUAUUAUCAUUGAUAAUUUGAUGCCAAUAGCAAACAUAAAUAUUGGAAAGGGUUGUUAAUAUUUUAAGAAUUAUUUAAGAAUAUUCAAUGGUUUAAAAAUUAAUAGCAUUGUAUAUUAAGCUUUGAUCUGUUAUAAUAAUAUUUUAAAUUUAUAUUAUUUAUUUUGAAGGGGGAAAAAAGCAAUACUUGAUAUUGUAUAUGUUAUGUCAACAUGUCUUAUAAUAAGAUUUCACUCUGUUUUCUAUUGAAUAAUGUCUUAUGUCUGAAGUAUUUUUUAAGUAUAAUUUGGCAAAAAUUAUAAUUGUGAUUUCAAGCUAAAUUUCUUUUUUAUUAUUUUGCACAUAAAUACGUUUCAUUUUAAUCUGUGGUUAUAGGUUAAAAUACCUCAUAUUCAUUAAUGAUUGCGAGUAACUAUAAUAUGUGUUUAGAAUUUUUACAUAUUAUAUAAAUUUGAAUAAACAAUUUGCAUUUGCAUGGGUGAGGUGUUACCAUUAUUACUUCUCUGUUAUUUUUAACAUUUGCCAAAAUAUAGGUGAAAAAAUUUUUGUCAUUAAUGUUUUGUGAUAAAUUUUCAUUGUAACAUUGCAGUUUUUAAAUACACACAUUGUUGGUUGUUAGUUAAUUUGUAAAAUAAUUUCUUUAUAAAAAGAAUUUUAAGGUAAAUCCACAGUAUGAAACCUAUUUUUAUGUAAAAUACAAAUCUUUAUGACAAUGUUUCUUACAGAAAUGUAAGUAAUAUGUCUUUUUCCAAAAAAUAAUUCUUUAAAUAUGUCGUGUCUUUAAUGUAUCCAUGCAACAGGUGUUUAAUUUCAUAUUUUCCCAAAAAGCUAUUAAGUGUUAUAUAAGUUAAACUACAAUAAUUUUAUUAAAAGUGGAGUUUAGUGGACAUUGUGUUGAAAAAAGGGGUGAGAUCAAUGUACAGCCAAUCCUCUUAUUGCUAUGGUGGUUAUUGUUGUUAUUAUUUUCAUCAUUAUAAUCAUCAUCAUGUCAUCAUGUCAUCAUGUCAUCCUUAUUAUUCAAAGAAGUAAAUAAACAUGUUAUUUCAGGUUAUGGGCUUUUUGUGUUUGCUACAUGGAAAGUUAACAAGAAGUGUUUAAUUUGCAACAGUGUUUUUAUACACUCAUUUACAAUACAUUGUAAAGUAAAAUCAUAUUUCAGUAUUUUUAUGCACAGAUACAGUUCACAAUUACACAGUAAUAGUGACUGCAUAAUUUGAAACAUGAUAGUUCUGCAUCCUGUGCAGUAGGGAUGUGUUGAAUCUCUUAAAAUCAGAUUCUGAUAUGGAUUAUCAUUUAAAUAUAAAUUUAAUUUCAAUUGAUUUUUAUUUAGAUUCCUGUUCUUUACUGUAACACAAAUUGUGUAUAAAAAAAGGUGGUAUGAAAUUUUUAAUUUUUAUUAUGUAUGAACUUUCAAACAUAAUUCUUUAAACAGUUAAUUGUAUUUCACUGUUGUUAACUAAAUAGCAACGAAUGUUUCAAAUGUCAGUACAAGUUACGGGGUGACAAACUUAAUAAAAAUACAUACUAUUGUAAUUUUCUUUCUUUAUUACCUCCCUGAAUAUAUUAAUCUUUACAAUUUGAGGUACAGGGCAUGUUGGUGAUACAAACUAAUUAAAUCAUACACCAAAGUAAUAAAAUUAAAUCCAUAAUUUAACUUAAGACUUCUGUAGGCAAAGAAAUAUAUAGCUUGCAAUAUCUUUAACACUUAGCAAAGAUUUGUAGAUUUAUGUUAAAGUAUGGGGUUAACUGGGUUAUAUGUUGUUCUGAGCCUUAAUUGACACACAUAGCUGAAACACAAACAACUCAUCAGGUAUUAGGGGCAUGACGUUUUUGCGAACUGCAAAUCCACACAGAAUUUUUUAAAUAUAUACAUUACAAAAUGUUUAAAUCUUUAAAAAAAAAAAAAAAAUUAUUGAACACAAACUAUUGAUGAAAUAAGCUGAUAUUUUCACUUUACACCUUAUUUUGUGUGAUAAAAGGUUAAUUGUGACACUCAAAUCAUACACCUUUGCAACUUUCAUGUUCAGUUUAUUUUAAGUGUCUGCAGCAAAAGUGCACCAUGUUUUAUGGUGUUUUCAUUCAUACUGUGGGCAUGUUUGUAUGUGGGCCAUACUGUUGCGCAUCACAUUAGGAAAUAUUUGUUUAUUGCAUAUUUACAAUGCUAGUGCUAGAUCUAAUGCUUGUUUUAAAUUGAGCACAUUAUUUUUUUGCUGCUGUUUGAUGAUAAGAUUAAAUAGAUGUGAAAAAAUCAUUUCUUGGCCAUUUAGUUUUAGACAGUUCAAAUGACAAAAAAAAAUGGGUUUUUGACAAUGAACAUUAAUUUUAGGAAUAAACUAUGAAGUUAUAACAAAUGUUACAUUAUUUAGGCCAAAAUUAAUUGUGAAGAUAUAUGCAUUAAGCUUUGCUUUAUUUCUUUUCUAAAAAUUUGCGGUCGAGUUUGGUUUGUAGUUAGCUUAAAUAUAUUCUCUUCAAAAUAUAUUCUUAACUAAUAAACCAUUAAUUUCUAUGAAGGCCUAAACAGUUUUAAAUGAGAGAAUACCUUAGUAAACUGUGUUUAAUUUAUACUAUAACAUAAUAUAGCUACAGUAUAACUUAAACAUAAAGUAAUGCAGUAUUAAGUAUUUGUCACUUUUAAGUAUUUAUUUUCAAAUCCCUACAAGAUUUUUGCAUUUUGUAAUAGUUCAUUAUAAAUUACCUUCAUUACAAAGUACCAAAUCUGUGGGCUUUUUCACAUUGUAAUGAGAUUUCACUGUAAUUAUAAUUGCAGUUGACCAUUCCCAUGCCAAUUCAAGUAUGGAGUGCACUUUCAAUGUUUAAAAAUUAUUUAUACUACCAAAAGUAAGUAACACCCAAAGAGAAUUGUCCCAAAUUUUUUUGUACAAUGUUAUGGUAACUUAAAUAUGUACACAUGAAUAUGGCCAGUUGCAAAUAUGUAUGUGCUGGACACUUAAAUGUUUACGUGUUUCUCUCGAAUACUAAAACAGCAAGAGUCUGAAUUUUUUUUUAUUGGAAUUCUAGUUAACUCAACUAAAUGUGGAUGAAUCUUUUGAAAACAAAUUUUAAAAACUUUUUUUAAUCAGAAAAAUUGGUCAACAUUGUCAAUUUUGCAUUUUCGUAUCUUUUUUCUCAUGCAAGGAGACAAUACCUGAAGUAGACUUCUGAAUACCCCUCUAAUAGUUGAUGUACCCAUACUUUAAUUUUCUUUCUGAUAUUUAUUUAGUUAGAUAAAUCAUUUAUUGAAAUAUAAAUAUGAAAAAAUUAAAAGAAAUUGCUAUAAAUUUUCAUUCCUCAACCCCUCCUUUUUUUCUUCUUUAAAAUGAUUUCCCAGUGAUAGGAAUUCUAGCAGUGAAUACGGAACAAUUACUUUUUGUAUUGUACAUACAUUUUAUGCAUGUAUUCAACAAAAAUAUUAUCAUUAAAUGUAAGAACACUGAAUUAAAUUCAAUUAAAGUACAGUACAACCCAUUAAAAAUGACAUGGCUUAAGAUGUUUCCCCGCGUAAAACAUCAGACCAAUAUAACUCCAAAAGUUUCCCAUGCCAUUAACCUUAACAUUCCUCAUUAAUUAUUUUUAGGGUUAUUAGAUUUUCCCUGCUUUAGCAGCACUAAAUCAACACAAAAAAUCUUUGGUUUCUAUCAUAAAUCUUAACUCAUCAGCAUCACAUGCCCAAAUGCAUUCAGAACAUAGUGACCACUUGUUUUGCACCCUAAAUUUAAGUUUGGGUUUAUAUGGAUGUUCGGCAUGUCAAACAGUGCCGUAAAGUCUAACUUGCCCAAUAUAUAUCAGGCCAUUUACAGUAACUGUGGUACUGCAUCCAAGGUUAAUGUAUCAUAACAUUUAACUUGCACAAUAUGUUUCAGGCCAUUUAUGGUAACUAUGGAACUUUGUCCAAGUUUAUUCGUCACUUGCUGUCAUUUGUUUUCACAUCACAUAUGUAAUUCGACAAUUUGCAGUUGGGUUGCCAUUAAAUAAUACACACAUAUUUUGUAUGUAUGUUUUUUUUAUAAUGCAUGGUACAAAUUAAUUGUGCUCAUGUGGAAAACGAUAUUUGUACCCCAUUUUGAGAAACAGUAGUGAGUACACUUAUUAUUUUCUAAACUUCAGACAGGAUUUUAAAAAUAACAUCUCACUCUUGUUUAUACAUUUUUUUUAAUCUUUAAGAAAAGGAUUGUGGUUAUAAAGACUUAUUAGGAAAGGAACGUAAAAUUUAAAAUGUAAUUAAACCAAACAUGCAUUUCGCCGCUUUUUCUUGGCAGACACUGCCAGGAAGGACGGAAAAAUAAUAUAGUAACAGUGGAAAGAUAACCAGAUAUCUCGUUGGCCAUGGAAAAGAUGGCUUUUAUUGAGGAAUACAAGAAAUUAACAAUACUUUGGGAUGAUCAGCUCCCAUAAUACAACAUAAUAAUUUAAAACUCAAUGCAGUGAAGUAAAUGGCAGCUUAGAUAAACUUUGAAGUAGCAACAAUUUAAAAAAUAUAUAUUUGAUAUAAUGGGUGAAGCUCUUAAAAAAAAUAUUAGCAAUUUUUAUCUGACUCCGUAGCCAGGAACCCUGGCAUUACCAACAAUUAACUUUUGUUGGUGCUGAAAACUAACGGUUUCAGUUUUCCUAAUUUUUGGCCCACAUUUUUUUUUUUAACAGUGGUCCACACACAACCAAACCUGUGGGCAACAUGCAACCUUCUAAGUUAAUUUUUGGGGCCUGCAGACAAUUUUAUUUUUCUUCUAAUUUUUUUCUUUCCUAUGUAUGAACUGUAAUAAAAAAUUUAACAUUUCAUAUUUUUAUUAAUUUAGUUUUAAUGUGAUCUUUUUAUCAAUUCUUAGUUUCAGAAAUGGGUAAACUGUUAGAAUAUUUUAAGUAUAUUUUAAUAUAUAACAUGUUUAAAUUAAAUGUAAGUAAUUAAUUUAAGUUAAAGUUUUGUAAAGUAACGAGAAACAAUUUACCACCAAAAAAAUUCAUUGUAAUGAAUAUGGUAUAUCUAUCAUGUGUAUGGUAAAAUGCUGCCCUCCCCCCCCCCCCCCCUCCAAUACUUCCCAUCCCCAACACAUUUGCCAAUUAAACAAUUGACCCUACACCAAUCCCUCACUUAGCACGACUUAUGCGUUCCUAAAAAUGUUUGUGUUAUCCGAAAUCACGUAUUCUGAAGCACUGGUCUGCAUAAAUAGCAAGGCUAAUUUACUUAAUGUGUUCCAAAUGUGUAGGGAAAUAUUCUUCACGUAAUAUAAAUGCUUAGAAUAACGCUCAAUGAUAAAUAUGACGUAUUUAUAAGCCUAUUCAUCGAAUACUUUGUAUGACGAAUUCAACACCGUGUAAUGGUAGAUAGUUAUCUAUUGCCUGGUUGAUUUGCUCGCCCGGGCAUGACCUUCAACUCACAUCGCGUACCUUUCCGCGAACUUUCCAAACCAUCCUUUACUGGCAAUGAAAAUUAUAUUACUGUUCGGAUAUUUACAUUUUAAUUUUUCAAAAAUUAAAGUGUUCGUUCGUGUAUUACCACUUUGUUCACAUAAUACUGUCAGGCCCGUGAUUUUUUUUUUUUUUUCAUUUCACCAUUCAUUUAACAACCUUUUCCAUGUGAAUCAUGUAACGCCCCUCGUGCCCCAAAAUUAUAUUAUUUUAAUUUAAUAAAAAAAAUCCUAGGGAACAGCUGAGCAAAAAAAAUAAAGAAAAAUACAAGUAUUACCAGAGGUGGCACGAGAUGGUGAACAAGACAAUUUGAUACUCCCUGCACACAAGCAACUUGGGAGCUAGUGGAUUGUUUAAAUAGAUAUAGGUUAAUAAGAAAUAAAUAAAUCACUACAUAAGUAGAUUGGUCUAUAGGUUUCCUGGUUUAUUUAAAAAGAAUUAAAUUAAAUCUGUUUGCCAUUUAUUUUGGAUUCUUUAAGUUUCACAAUGAAGGGUUAUUAAAAAGAUAUUAAAGUUAUUAAAAGGGGGCCGGCCCAGUAUUAUUAAAACAAGUCAUAUUUACUUUUAACUACAUAUCAAGCACAAAAAAAAUUUAAAGUAUCCUUCUUGACAUAUUAUGGCAUGUUACAUUCGUCCACACAUUGCUGUAAUUAUUGUUUGAUUUAAACGCUUUCACAUAUUCUUAUUUGUUAAGUUCCUUAUGCCAUUGCUCGCUGGUAUUCAUUAAGAUAAGUUCGUUCGUUGGUUGUAAGGGAGAAGUUAUAUUUUUAAAUAUCACCCGGGGCUUCAAAGUUGGACGUCUGGCCGGGAUAAAGCUCUUCUUAAAGAGACUCGAAGCUCGAGGUCCUGGACAACAUGAUGGGCGCAAUUUCGGCGCCCAAAUGUUGGACCCUGUCUGAAACAAGUCAAAUUCAGUCAAAUUAGACCUGCUUCCAGACAGUCAAACACAGUUGGUGCGAAAAGGCCAACAAACGGGAAUUUGGGUGGAAAAGAGACCGAAGUACUCACCAAAAAGGGUUUAGCUCCUGGACUCACGAAUAGUCUCGCGCAGAACACCAAAAGGCGCGGACCGAGAAUAGCGCGGAGGAUGUGGAAGAAACCAUGAUUUAGAAAAAUAAUAAAAAACAAAAUUUAAACUAAGACAUAACUUGUUGCCUAAUGACAACGACUGACUGGCUACUUCUACAUUUUGAAACUGGGAUCACAUCCCUUAACACUGCUGACUACAUUUCUUAUUCGAAAGAGUUCGUCGUUGCCGUGGAAAAGCCUCUCGACAGAGGGGACGCCGAGAUGACGCGGUAAGUAGCCGAAGUAAGUGCCGCAAUGGCGGACAAUGCUCCUAAUUAUUACGGGCGCUCGGCCCUAUGGAAAAGAUGGGGAAGGUUCGACUCUGGGCCGAGAACUUCCGGAGGUGACUUAGGUGGGCGUAACAACAACACAUCAGUUGAUGCGCCGAAGGACGACCACCGCGCUCUCUACCGGCGGGCACAGAAAGCAACAUACAAUCGACUUUUACUGGACGCGAGUGGAAAGCAUAGGGCCUUAUGGCGCAGCCGGUGCUGCUCUCUGGAGGUCUAAAGGGGAAGGACAGAAGGAGGUUAGCAAAGUCGCCACUAGGUGUCACGGGCGUUAGCUCCACUCGCUGGCAACAAGUGCAGAAGUAACUGUUUCUGCCACUAGAUGUCGUGGGUGGUC